AUGAAUCCACAGUUUCCAAAAAAAACAGAAAAUGUUCCUGGGAUGCAACAACGAUCGUUGAAAGCUAGUAGCAAAACGUUCAAGCAACGCAGAAACUCUCCUGAGAAAGAAGACUCUCAUCAAGACAUGAAAGAGAACAUUAUAUCUAAGGAUCUUACAAGGCGUGAUUACGAAAAAGACUUUAAUAAGCCAAAUGUCGAACCUUUUAGUUUACCACAUAUUGAUGAAAAUAAUCUUCCUAAGGAACGGCGGCAUGAAUAUAAUGAACUAUCAAAAAUAUUAAGCAAAAUAAAUACAUUACAAGAGCAAUCUUUUCGGAUGGCUACUGAAGAGAUUGUUCAGACUUCAGAAACUCAGUCUAAAGAAUUAUAUGGAACGAUAGCUGAAUUAAAAAAAGAAUUGGAGAAUGAAAGAAGAAAUAAUGAACGUUUACAUCAAGAACUUGCCGAAAACAAACAUUAUUUUCAACAAGUCGAUGAAGAGAAAUUGCUAGUUAAAGAACUUUUUGGUCUUGAUGUAAUUUCUUCCAAAGUCGUCGAAGAAGGAAUUCGCUACACAUGUAGAAACACGGGAAGGCGUGGCCAAUUGGAAUAUCAGUUACUUCUAGAUAACUCAAAUUUCACGUUUACACCCUGUUUGCACCCACAGCGCGAUGCUGAAUUGAUGGAUUACUUGCCAGAAUACCUUACAGAAGAAAUAAUAUUUACGAAGGAACAAGGAAAGUUAUUUUCGGCUCGAAUCAUGAAGGCUCUUCAAGACUAA